AUGGGCUACGCGUCACUGGUUGUGCUCGCUGUGGUAUUGCUGCUCCUAGGGCGUCUGUACUAUGUAUCGUUGCCGAGGGAGGGAUCACGUAGACGAAGCCAGUCGGAACCUUGCAGUCUAGCUGUUUUCCUGGGAUCUGGUGGGCAUACGAGCGAAGCCCUCAUCAUGGUGUCCGCUCUCGAUUUCUCCCGCUAUCGGCCUCGGACGUAUAUCAUCAGUGAAGGGGAUGCGCUGAGUGCGCGAAAGGCGCACGACAUGGAACAUUCAAAGUUAACGACUUCAGACACUCUCUCAUACACGGUCCUGACUAUUCCUCGUGCUCGACGGGUCCAUCAAACUCUUCUCAGCACUCCACCAACUGCUUUGUAUUCGCUACUCAGCUGCAUAUAUUAUGUGACAGUCCUCCCGCUUUUGACAAACAAAAGAAGUACAUCCUUCGCUGAAGUGCUUCUUCUCAACGGACCGGGAACUUGUUUCACGCUGUGCCUCGCAGUUUACCUUAACAGGCUGCUCGGGCUCGCUUCCCCGAGGCUACUAUACGUGGAAUCCUUCGCUCGGGUUCAAUCAUUGUCGUUAUCUGGCAAACUACUGAGCCCCUUGGUAGAUCGCUUUGUGGUCCAAUGGCCCGGACUGGUCAGAGAAUGGCCGAAGGCACUAUACCGUGGUUGGAUGGUCUGA